GGCGCAGGGUCCUUUUGCUGCACUGUGUGAGGGCAGUGCUGUGCAAAUGAGUGUUAUUAUUUUUAAGCGGUAACUUUCUGCACAGUAAAGGUUCAUUUUUUUAAAUUGUUUUACUGAAAUGGAGGAAGUAGACGUGGAGCCCGCUAUUACCGUGAUCCCUGGGGUGGAUUCCAGUCAGAGGCACAUGGGGUUUGUGUGGGGUCGUGGAGAUAUCCUGCUGUAUGAGACGCAGCACAAGGGGACAGGCUCCGGUGAAGCAGGCUGCCCUUUAAUUCACGUGGUCAGGAAGGACGAGGAUAUUUACUCACCGAUUCUGCGCAAACUCUUCAACGAAUCCCAUCACAUCUUUGUGGGGCUGCAGCAGAGCAAGGAGGAGACGUCCAGCAAAACGAAGAGACCGCAGUUUGUCAGUGUCAGUAAGAACUACAGAUCGGUGAUAAGAGCAUGCAUGGAGGAACUACAAGAAGUUGCAGUUUCUACACGUGACGCUGCCUUGUCAGCACAAUGCUGCAGCCAGGUUUCGAUUCUGCUGGCUGUGGAGCUGAUUUGGAAUCUGUGUGAGGUCCUCUUCAUUGAAGCAGUCCCAGCGGGCUCUCUCCUGCUGCAUCUCUUGGACUGGGUCCGGCUGCACAAAGCUGAUGUGGAUGAGAAGGCUCAGGAGGUCCUGCAGAGCGACAGCCCAGCGAGGCACCACAAGUACUGGGACGUGGUGAUUUGCUACGUGCUGCAGGGACGGAUGGAUGAGGCCAGGCAAAUGCUGGCCAAGCAGGCAAGCCAGCAGCCAGCAGCCAGAAGCAUGUUCAAAACCCUGGACAGCCUCAUGAAGAAAAUGCCAGUCUUCAAUCCGGCUGGCAGUCAGACGCUGACGGAGUUUGAUUUGAAGUGGAGACACUGGCACGAGGAGUGUGAGCUGCACUUGCAGGACGGGUCGUUCAGCUCCAACUCCAACCUGGAGACAAUCUGCAAGAUUCUUCUAGGUCAUGAAGAGACUCUGCUGAACCAGAAGGAGCAGCUUUCCACUUGGUACCACUUCCUUGUGAGCAGACUUCUGUACACACACCCCUCUGUGAAACCCACAGAGCUCCACUACUACGCACAGUCCAGCAUGGAUUUGUUCCUGGAUAACCGGAGUGACCCUGAGCCGCUGGACAGCAUCCUACUGGUUGCCUUCGAGUUUGACAUUCACCAGGUCAUCAAGGACUGCAGCAUUGCUCUCAGUAACUGGUGGUUUGUAGCCCAUUUGACAGACCUGCUGGACCACUGCAAACUCCUACAGUCCCACAACCUUCACUUUGGCUCCAAUCUGAGAGAGUUCCUCCUCUUGGAAUAUGCGUCAGGACUGUUUACACACCACAGCCUGUGGCAGCUGGCAGUGGAUUACUUUGAUCACUGCCCGGAGUUUGGGAGGAUAUACCUGGAGCUGCAAAUCGAGAGGGUUCCCCUGGACACAGAGCGCAAAGCCCUCAAGGUGCUUCGGAUCUGUGAGCAGAGGCAGCUGGCAGAGCAAGUGCGCAGCAUCUGUAAGAUCAUGGCGAAGAAAGCCGUGCGAAACAACCGUCUGGGCUCGGCGCUGUCCUGGAGCAUCCGAGCUAAAGACGCUGCCUUCGCCACCCUCAUCUCCGACAGGUUUCUGCAGGAUUAUUGUGCUCGGGGCACCUUCUCUGACCUGGACCUCAUCGACAAUCUGGGGCCUGCCAUGCUGCUCAGCGACCGGCUCACCUUUUUAGGGAAGUACCGCGAGUUCCACAAGCUGUACGGAGAGAAGAGGUUCGCCGAGGCUGCCAAGCUGCUGCUCUCGCUCAUGACGGCCAGAAUUGCCCCCCGUAGCUUCUGGAUGACCCUCCUUACUGACGCACUGCCCCUGCUGGAGCAGAAACAGGUGAUAUUUUCAGCCGAUCAAACGUACGAGCUGAUGCACUGCCUGGAGGAGCUGAUGUCGGGCGAGACUGAGCCCAGUGACAAACGUACUGUUCAGGAGGAAGAUAUAGAAACCACCAAAGUAGAGCUUCUCCGCCUUGCUUUGGCACGGAACCUGGCUGCAGCCAUCGUAAAGGAGGGGACAGUGGACUCCUUAUAAACACAGACAGACUUUUCUACAUUUUGUAAGACCUGUAUAUAAAACCCAGCCGCAUCUUUUCAGGAUACCUUUUAUGUCUUUAGUAAUAAAGUUACUAUUGUUUGCAGAAACAUUUCCUUGUUUUCUCUAGCAGAAAUACA